AUGCCUGCACUUGCUAGCCAAUCUCAAAUCAAAAAGAUCGACUUGUCUGCACGCGAUGGCCCCAGCGAUGCGGAUGUCGUCCUCGUCCCUUUCCCCAAGAACACUGUCGGAGUCAUCUUUGGGCAAAUGAUUGCUGAAUGGCCUCAACGUUUCAAUACCUACCUAACCGAUUCUGACACCAACUUUGUUGAGGACCCUCAAGUCCUCUGGGAUGCUAAUAAGGAUGGCUCCCGUUUCAACGUUACUGCAGUUCAGCCUACAAGCGCUAAGCCACUGGACCCAAAUGUCUUUAGUCUUGGUCCUUACACGGAGGAUCGCUAUAUCGCCAUCUACUGCUCCCACAAGGCACCCGGGGAUUCCAGCUUCAAACCAAGCGAGCCGAAGUACACCUUCGAAUCGUUCCAAAUUGGUGGAAAGAACGCCAUAACCUUUACCAUGGUUCACGCUGAGGACGGUGGCGAUACCGACUUCCAUGACACUGUCGUCGGCGUCUCCGUGAACUAG